UCACUAUAUUAUAUAUACUUCUUCUCUUAAUUUUCUUAAUCAUCUUCUCUUAUAGAGUUUUAUUCAAAAGAAAGAAAAAAAAAAUGGCAUCGGUUGAGUUAAGUUAUGGUGAUCAUCAUUCAAUCUCAACUCUUCAUCCGGACAUAAUCCAAACCCAAAUCUUGACAAGACUCGAUGGUCCGACGCUAGCUUCGACCGCGGCGACAUCUUCGUAUCUCCAAGAACUUUGCACAGAGCAAAAGCUAUGGCAAGACCUCUCAAUGGCUAUGUGGCCUUCUAUCAAAGAUCCACGUGUGGUUCAAGCUAUCUCUUCUUUCCCUUUUGGUUAUAGAUCUUUCUUUGCUGACUCGUACCCGUUCACUGAAGAGACGUGGAGGUAUGAGAGAGUAGAUGAUCCACCGAUGGGAUUGAUCUCAGCCGUUGAUUUGUAUUACAAAGGAGAGCUAAUUUACUCCAAGGUACAAGAGAUGGAAACAGGGAAAGGUAAAUCAGGAUGGUUCUUGACGACACCUUUUCGGGUCGAUGUAGUCGACCCGAAAGAGUCGGUUAAGACCCGGAUUUUAUAUCCGGGUGGGGAUUACGAGGCGUGGGUGAAAGAUAUGGAAGAGAGCAUGAGACUGAACUGGAUAGUGAUCGAUCCGAUCAAGAACCGGGCGGCUAAUAUAUCGAGCCGGAAGGCGGUAUCCGCGAGGCGGAACUGGCUAACGGGCGAUCUAGAGAUAAGGUUUUCGACGAUCGUGGCGGCUGCCGCGGCGGAAGUGGCGGCAGUUGUGUCAUGCGGGUCAGCGGAAGCGUGGAAGGAAGUGGAUGAAGAAGUGGGAGGAGAAGUGCACGUGAGGGACGUGAGGCUACAAGUGGAGGACAUAGAAGGAAAAUGUAUGAAAGGAAAGGAUAGUUUGGUAAUUUUACAAAGGUUGUUAGAAGGUAAGAGAUGUUGUAAAGAUGGUGAAGAGAGAAGAAGAAGAAGAGACAAAGAAAGGUAUGAAGAAUACGUUGUGAUGAAGAGACAAUGGAAAGAGAAGAAAGAGUGUAGAGAAAAAGCACAAGACACGAUUUGUAUGAUCUUUGGGUUCUCUUUGUUUGUUCUUUUGUGGAGUUUUAUUUUGUUAAGGUAAAUUACUAAAGAAAGAUAGGAAAAUGAUAAUGAAAGAGAAUAAACAAACAUAUACACAUUAAUGUUCUUUUUGUUU